UUCGCAACAUGAUAUGGCCUCAAUCACUUAAUAGCUUGACUCGGCUGACUUACGAGAUGGCCAAGAAACGAGACCGCCGAGUUGCACCGGGUGCGAAUCGCCCAAAGGAACGAGGGGAACCGUCAACUCGGCCAGACCCACAUGGGGACUCGGCUUCUUCGGAUCGAAGACUCAUCAUCAUUAUCUUUGUCUUCCUCAUCGUAGCUCCUGCCAUCUCCAUCUUCGUGUACCGAAUCAAAUACGCUUCAGGUACAAACCGCACGGGUUCGUCAGUGUACCAGCGAGGCCUCGUUAAGCCUGAUGUGAAUUACCAAGAAAUCCUUGCUGAGAACACAAAGGUCUCGGAAAAUACAUCUGCGCGGCAUUAUACCUAUCCUGUGUUGGCCUACAUUACUCCAUGGAAUUCUAGGGGCUAUGAUUUAGCCAAGAGAUUUAACUCCAAGUUUACACAUUUAUCUCCAGUCUGGUAUGACCUAAAAAGUCAAGGAAGUGACUUGAUUCUUGAAGGUAGACAUAAUGCUGAUAUUGGAUGGAUAUCAGAGCUUCGAAUGGCAGGAGAUGCUAUGGUGUUACCUAGAGUUGUUCUGGAAGCGUUUCCCAAGGAUCUUCUUAGAAAGAAGAAGCAGAGGACUAGAGCUAUUAACCUCAUAGUUAAUGAGUGCAAGGAAAUGGGAUAUGAUGGGGUUGUGCUAGAAUCUUGGUCAAGGUGGGCUGCUUAUGGUAUUUUGAAUGAUCCAAGCAUGAGGAACUCAGCACUGCAGUUUAUAAAACAGCUUGGAGAUGCAAUGCAUUCUGUCAGCUCAGAGAGAGCCAAUAAGCAGCCAUUGCAGUUGGUAUAUGUUAUAGGUCCACCCCGUUCAGAGACACUCCAAGAAUAUGAUUUCGGACCCAGUGAUCUUAAGAACUUGGAUGAUGCUGUGGAUGGCUUCUCACUUAUGACAUAUGACUUCUCAGGCCCGCAAAAUCCAGGUCCUAAUGCACCUUUAAAGUGGAUUACUUCAAUAAUGGAGUUACUCCUUGGCAGCAACAGCAACAGUGUAGGAAAUCUAUCCCACAAGAUAUUUCUUGGCAUCAAUUUCUAUGGAAAUGACUUUGUUAUUUCAAGAGCAGGUGAAGGUGGUGGUGAUGGUGGUGGUGGGGGAGCUAUAACUGGAAGUAAUUAUCUAUCGUUGUUGGAGAAGCACAGACCCGUUUUGCAGUGGGAAAAGAAGAGCGAGGAACACUUGUUCUUUUACCUUGAUGACAACCAUAUCAACCAUGCCGUAUUCUAUCCUUCAUUGUUGUCUAUUUCUCUACGGCUAGAGGAAGCUCGUAAGUGGGGAUGUGGCAUCUCAAUCUGGGAAAUUGGGCAAGGUCUUGAUUACUUUUUUGAUCUUCUCUAAGUCAGCCUGAUUAAAUAGUCAUUCAGAUGAGCUCCACAUCUUUAAUUUUCACGCAGGACUUAUCUUAAUUGUAUGGUGUUGAUGUUGAACACUAUGACAAAUGCUUUUUAGCAUUAUUUUGUAAUAUAUAUUGAGACUAACAAAAGUAAAAUUUUGGUUUAAUAAGAUAGUAUCUCGACCAAUUA